UAACCAGAAGGAAAAAAUGGACAUGUUAGAUGUGUUAUUGGAAUAUCGCAGUGACAGAGAUGACGAACUGAGAAGCCUCUCCGGAAAUAUCAUCAAAGGGUUGCUUUCUGACAUGUUUCUUGCAGGCACAGAGACAAGCUCAAGUACUAUCGAGUGGGGAAUGACAGAGAUCCUAAGAACACCUGAUGCAUACAAGAAAAUAGUUAUAAAGUUGGACCAAGUGGUCGGUAAGGACAGGUUUGUUGAAGAGAAUGACAUUCCCAAGUUACCUUACUUUCAAGCAGCAGUGAAAGAAGUUAUCCGACUCCACCCUACAGCCCCUUCAUCAUCGCAUGGUGCACUUUUACUUGGCAGCUUUGCUCCGUGCUUUUGAGUGGGAAUGCCCUCUUGAGAUCCUGAACAAUAUGGAAGAGAGACUGGGGCUUACAAUUCAAAAGGACAAGAGUCUUGUUGCAAUUCCUAAACCUAGACUGCCAACUUCUGUUUACC